UAUAAUAUUUAAAAAUUCAGAAAUCCCGAUGCUAAAAGCGAUCAACUGUUUGUCGCACAUAAUAGCUUCCCCAGCCCACGAAGUGUCGAUGAGAUGACCGACUAAGCAUCUCUUAUAUCGUCGGUCCAUCAAUCAGCCUGCCUCCCUCGAUUCGGAGGCCCUCUUCUCUCCUCACUACCAUUUGCCGCAGUGCCCACCUCCGCCUCUUUCCUUCCUGCUCUCUCCUCGAAUUGAAGGCGAACACCAGAUUUUAAUAUCAUAAAUCGGCAUUUUUUGGGGGGAGGGAACUCCAAUCGAUGAGCCGCUACGACAGCCGCGCCGCCGACCCCGGUUCCUACCGCGACCGGAGAAGCGAUGCAGGAUUCGGCGGGAGUUCACAGAGCUACAGCAGGGGAUUCGAGCCCUCCGGCAAGCGAGACGCGGGGGCCACCGGCGACCUGGAUGGGCUGCUCACUCCCUUCGAGAAGAACUUCUACGUAGAGGCCCCCUCCGUGGCUGCUAUGACCGAGGAGGAGGUGGAGGCGUACCGCCGGAAGAGGGAGAUCACCGUCGAGGGCCGUGAUGUGCCAAAACCCGUCAGAGAGUUCCAGGACAUCGGUUUCCCAGAAUAUGUUAUGCAAGAAAUUGAAAAGGCUGGAUUUGUAGAGCCUACUCCUAUACAAGCACAAGGAUGGCCAAUGGCUUUGAAGGGUCGUGACCUCAUUGGUAUUGCUGAAACUGGAUCUGGAAAGACGCUAGCUUAUUUGUUACCUGCCAUUAUCCAUGUUAAUGCUCAGCCAGUUUUAGCUCCUGGUGAUGGUCCAAUUGUUCUGGUUUUGGCUCCAACUCGUGAACUUGCUGUUCAGAUACAACAAGAAGCGACUAAGUUUGGAGCAUCCUCAAAGAUAAAGAACACUUGUAUAUAUGGUGGGGUUCCAAAGGGUCCUCAAGUUCGAGAUCUUCAAAAAGGUGUUGAGAUUGUUAUUGCUACACCUGGACGUCUUAUCGAUAUGUUGGAGUCACACCAUACAAACUUAAGGAGGGUCACAUAUCUUGUUUUGGAUGAGGCUGAUCGAAUGCUAGACAUGGGCUUUGAACCUCAGAUGCGGAAAAUUAUUUCCCAGAUUCGCCCAGAUCGUCAGACCCUUUACUGGAGUGCUACUUGGCCCAAGGAGGUCGAACAACUUGCAAGGCAGUUUCUGUAUAACCCAUACAAGGUGAUUAUCGGUUCCAUAGACUUGAAAGCUAAUCAUGCAAUACACCAGCGUGUAGAGAUUGUUUCAGAGAAUCAGAAAUAUAACAAAUUGGUCAAACUGCUGGAGGAUAUCAUGGAUGGUAGCCGAAUUCUGAUAUUCAUGGACACCAAGAAGGGUUGUGACCAGAUCACAAGACAGCUACGAACUGAUGGCUGGCCUGCUCUGUCUAUUCAUGGUGAUAAAAGUCAAGCUGAAAGGGACUGGGUCCUUUCUGAAUUUAAAUCAGGGAAGAGUCCUAUAAUGACUGCUACUGAUGUUGCUGCUCGUGGUUUGGAUGUGAAGGACGUGAAAUAUGUGAUCAACUAUGACUUUCCUGGAUCCUUGGAGGAUUAUGUGCAUCGUAUUGGGCGAACGGGAAGAGCUGGGGCCAAGGGAACUGCAUAUACCUUUUUCACUGCAGCUAAUGCAAGAUUUGCAAAAGAUCUUAUUAAAAUAUUAGAAGAAGCUGGGCAGAAAGUUAAUCCCGAGCUGGCUAAAAUGGGUCGCGGACCCCCUCCCCCAGCAGGUCAUGGUGGAUUCCGAGAUCGAUAUGGCAGCAGUCGCCAGUGGAGCUGACGUAUGGAGAUAAAUGUUCUGUUGUUCAAAUGUCACUAAAUAGGAUAGAUCAUCUUUCCACCAAGGCAACGCAUCCAUCUUCGAGUGGCUGAGGUGGAGCUGCGGCAAGCGAAAGACAUCGUGUAUGAUGCAUGUUUGGACACCCAUUUUUGUUUUGAUGAAUGGCUGAAUAUUUGUCGAAGUUAGACAGCAAUACAUGUAAUAUUCGACCUAUAUGUAAUUUGCUUCUUUUAAAGAGGACUUGGCCGAGUAUUUUCAACA